AUAAUGUUAACCUCGCUAAAUAAGAAUUUUAUGUGUAUAACAAUAAUUCAAGUAUUUCUUAAGCUUCUCAAUUUUUAAAAUGAAUUCAAAUAAUGAUACGCAUAGUUUAAAAAUUGCCAGCAUCACAAUUGAUUUACUCGUAAAUAAUCUAGAUUGUGAUCCGUGCUGAAAUUAAACAUACUGCGAAAAAGCCUUCCAAGGCCAUGUUUAGAAAUAGAUCCGUCAGUCAUCUCAGUUAAAACUUCCGAGUAGAGUAGUCGUAAUUGGUAUAUUGCCAGAAAAACAUUUCAUAUCCCAAUUUGAAAUUUAAUUUUUAUUUUGUAACAUUUCUACUGGUUUCAUUUUGUGUUUAGCAACAUGAGUGUACUAAGUAAAAUAAAAGUUGUAUAUGAUAACUAUCCUUUAUUAAGGGGUAUGGCAUCUUAUGGCAUUAUUUGGCCAAUUUCAAGUUUAAUUCAACAGACAUUUGAAACAAAAGACAGUGAUGAAGGCUAUGAUUGGUGGAGAUGUGCUCGUUUUGGCUUAUGGGGUUCCUGUUAUGUUGCACCUACUUUGUACACAUGGCUAACUAUAGCUAGUAUUAUGUGGCCUGGAAAUACUAUUCGUGCUGGUCUUAUAAAGACAGCUGUUGAAACUGUAACAUACACCCCAUUUGCAAUGUGCAGUUUUUAUUUUGGCAUGAGUAUGUUGGAGAUGAAAUCUUUUGACGAAGCAGUAGCAGAAGUGAAUGCUAAAUUCUGGCCUACAUAUAAGGUUGGAGCAUCCAUAUGGCCAGCUGUGGCUCUAGUUAACUUCUGUUUUAUUCCACCAAAGAACAGAGUACCUUUCAUCAGUGUGUGCAGUCUCAUGUGGACCUGUUUUCUUGCUUAUAUGAAACAUCUUGAGAAGGAAGAUUUACCUCAAAGAGCAAAAAAAAGUAAUGUUAAAAUGCUGAGUAAUAUAUGAAAACUAUUACCAUUUAGACAAAUAUUAUUUAUUAGACAAUUUUUUAAACAGAUGGGAUAUCAGUAUUCUAAUUUUUAAGUUAGUAAUUAUACUGAGUUGGCUUACCAAGUAGAUGCUUACCAACUUUUUCAUGUAUAGUAUUUUAUAUUGUAGCCUUCUGACCUUGAGAUAAAUUAUUGUUUUUUUUUUAAUACAAUGACAAUGGUACCAAUGGCAAAGCAUUCUAAAAGUAGUAUAAAAUAUUUGACUAGAAUUGGUUGAAUUUAAGAUAUUUGUAAUUUAACCAAAGUUCUUUGUAUUCAAUCAAAGUUCCUUCUAGAUAGAUAUACUAGAGUCAAUUUAUUUGUAAUUGUAUUAUACAGUAUUAUAAUGAUUUUUAUUUAUUAUUGACAGUAAUGUGAGUUGAAAACUCUUUAAUUUUAUUUUUUGGUGAUUUCAAAGAUAAAUUAUU